CUCCACCUACUUCUGCUCCCAACCCACCAACUCCACCUACUUCAGUUUCUGUAUCAGGUACAGUUCCAGCCUCCACUGUCACAUCUACAGAAAGUAAAUCAAGCACAGUUGCAAAAACAUCACCUAUAGGUAACACCACCACUAAGACCUCACCUGAAAGUGGUAACUCAAGCUCAACUGCUCCUUCUCCAACAACACAAAUGAACAAUAAUGGAUCGACCGUCACCCCAAUCACGCAAAAUAAUUCCUCAGAGGCUGUUACUCCAGUGACUUCUGGCAGCGUCACUUCAUCCAAGAUCAGCACCACAAAGCCCGGUCCCACAGUUCCCAGAAAUCCUUGCCAAGGAGAUCCCUGUAAAGGUGGUUCUUCAUGUGUUAUCCUGAAUGAUACCCAUUUUUGCCUGUGUUUAUUAGGAUAUUACUAUAACUCUUCCACAUGCAAAAAAGGAAAGUUAUUCCCUGGAAGUAUUACAGUAAAAGUAUCAGAAACAUCUGAUUGGGGAGAUAAAAAUUCUAUGGCCUAUCAAAAACUACAUAUUCAAAUUACUGAUUUUUUUAAGAACACAUUUGGCAAUUCUGAUUACGGACAGACUGUAAUUAAUAAUGUAAGCACCUCUUCAGCAAGAUCAGAAGUGCGUGCUGGUGACAAUGUUGUUGUGGUAGAGGUCUUAAACAUCUUCACAGAAACUACAAAAGAAACUGAGAAGACUGUGGCUGAAUCAAUUAAAAAAGCAAUUCAAAACAACUUGGCUGGCAUCACAAGAUAUAAUUUUCAAACUCUGUGUGAUUAUUACGGUUGUGAAGAGGAAAAUAAGCAAGACGACUGUAGCAAUGGUUUGCUGUGUAAAUGCAAGCAGGGGAUGGAAAGACCUAACCCCCAGGUCCCUAUGUGUGUUGCUUCUGCUAUAAAGUGUCCUGACACCUGCAACGCAGACAACAAUAUGCAAUGCUUAGUGAAUGAGAAAAGCGGGAGCCCUGAGUGUGUGUGCCUGUCAGGCUACAAGGAAUAUGUUCCUGGGAUCUGUCAAGAGUGUGCUUUUGGCUACAGCGGAGUCAACUGUGAAGACAAAUUUCAGCUGAUCCUCACUGUCGUGGGCACCAUUGGCGGUGCCCUCAUUCUUUGCCUGCUGAUUGCAUUGAUCUUCUUAGCAAGCCAAAAGAACAAAAACAAGAAUACUGAAGAACAGAACUUGAUUGAGAACGACUUUCAAAACCUGAGACUGCAGCAGACGACAGGGUUCAGCAAUCUCGGAGCAGAUGGGAGCAUCUUCCCUAAAGUCAGGGCAAAUGUCUCCAGUCAGCCACCGAAUCCCUAUGCACACGGGAGAAGCAUGCCCCGCCCUGACUACUAGAAUGGUAAAAAUUGGGGACCAUCCAUGGCCCUUGACCCAAUGUAGGAGCUUUUCUUUUGAGUGUUUAAAAGGCCAAUGGAGAAGUGAGCAGUCGGGAGGAUCUGGCCUUUGGAAUUCCUCUGCCACCCAGGACCCAGCCUCUCUGGAUAAAGUUGUGACUGCUUUCAAUGAAUGCAGCUUGUUUGCUAAGUACCUAGGGAAUUAAAUGCACAUAGAUGCUAUUAGCACUUGUAAGAUAGUUGAUUUUGUCCAAUCAGUACAGUGGUUAGGUUUUUGGUUUUGUUUCUUUUUCCUGGUGGGGCAACAAUAACCAUUUCCAAUCUAGAGGAAAGCCCCCCAGGAUUGUUGACUCCUGGGAGAAUGUUGCUUUGAGUUGAUAGCCUAUAGAUCUGGAACCUAAUUCUGAGAGACUCUUAACGCGCCAGCUAUGGCAGUUAAGGGCAUGAGAAGAAAUACCAUCUGUUAAGGUUCUCGGGCUCAUUCUCUAAUAAAUUAAAAUAGGAUGCUACUUCGGUCCCUCCAGUGUAGGCAUUUCAUCACCCUUGCUCUGCCAGGAGCUUGUGACCUGGCCUCACACCAAGGAGACAGAAAAAGGACCUGUCUCUCAGCUUUCAGGGGAGAAGUGACUGGGAAUGCAGGAUCUUUUUGAUGUUAACUAGAAGGCCCAGACUAGAACUGCCCACCAUGGAGUACAUCCCAGAGUUUUUGAAAUGCCAGCAGGUGGUAGAGGCGAGGAGGAAAAAAAAACCCCAAAACCCAUAACCAGGAGUGAGAGGAACAGAGGCAGAAGGGAGCUGGGCUGGGCGGAUGAGUAUGGGAGAACGCUCGCUGGAUCUACCUUCAUCCUCAGAUCCUCCUCCUCAAUGAGCAAACAGACAUUUCCUCCAGUUCAUGUCCAACCCACGACUUGGAGCCUAAAGAAGUGUGAAGACAACACCCCAGGGGCAAGAGCUGGAGGUCACUUUGAGAAAUUGCAGAUUCUGUUUGGUUGAUGGUGAAAGAGGGAGCUCGUGCUCUGGCUCCUCGGCUCCAGAUGUCCGGGCUUGGGACGCAGAUUGCAGAGGUCCUUCAUGGAGGCCCCGGCCUUCCCUGUGGCCGCCAGCACGCACACAGCCACACCCGGCACGCGCUCUCUUUCAUGUUAAUACUGUCCUUGUUUAUGUCUAAUGUCUGGUCCCCUUGCAAGUCAUUUUUAUUUGUUGUUACUAUUAUUUGUUCUUGACUAUUAACUGUAAGAGGUAACAAAGUGUCUUUGGUAGGUGGUGUUCUUCCUUGUGUUUGGGCCCUUUGGUGAUGCACAUAGCAGUAAGUCUC